ACGGUUUGAGGCCGUUGCUAUGGCUACGUUCCGGGCAGCGGCCGGUGGAAACAUUGGGGCGAAGUCGUUGGCGGAGGCGGCUAGGAGGAGGCGACCCCCGAUCACAGCAGCUGCAGCUCAGUUUCAGAUUAAUCUAUCAUCAAUUGAAGGAGAAUAAUGAAUGACUGUAAAAUCAUUGAUCAAUCUGAACAAUUGAAAACCAUGUCACAAUUAAAAGAUGAAAAUUCCAAUAAUAAACAACGCGAAACGUCACUGAUGCCUGGUCUUGGAUACAUGACAACUGGCGAGGAACGAUUCCGAGGUCGCCGUAAUGUUGUAUUUGACUCUGAUUCUGACUAUGUGAAGUUGGCAAAGAGAGGGGGUCUGCCAGAUUUAUUGACUUUUGGUGACAUGUCCCUGAAACCUACUUUGGCUUCCUUCAGGAAACCUGAGUGGUUGACUUCUGAAUCUUCACUCCAAGGAAACGAUCAGACAUUCCAGAAGAACUUUUCACAUUCCAUGUCUCAAGACACAGUCCAAGAUGAAUACGAGAGCAGAAACAACAACCCUUCACCCAUUGAGGCAGCUGACCGAUAUUUACAUGAGAAGCAAGAAAAUCAAGAAGAGUCAGAAUACCUUAAGUCAGGGACUCCUGAUAGCAGAAGGCAGCGGGAUGGAAAUACACCAUCACAGCUUCAGACAGAGACCAUGAUGUUAGGUACUGAAACAAAUCCGCAAAUGAUGCUGUCUGCCAUGUCAGUAAACCGAGCAACCAAUAGAUUUACACGUAGAAAGGAACCUCCGGUUAGCAUGCAGAAGCUACUUAGUUUUGGCUAUGCCGAUGAUUGGUUUUCUGGACGCAAGGAUGUGAAAACCACCAAAGAACAAAAUAUGGGUUCUGGAGGAGGUGAUGCAGAGCAGACUUCAAAUAUAGAAGAGCAUUCAGUUGCUGCGAAAGAUGACUCUUUGCUGGAGGGAAAUCUGCCCACGUACCGAGGGAAAAGGACGACUGGUAUUAGAGGAAGUGGGAAGAACAAAGCCACUCCUGAAAAUGAUUCCUUCUUCAAAAUCUUUGGCGAGCACAGGCUUAAAGAUCUUCCGGGGAAUGUGGAGAACCGUUUGCAGUCAGAAAUUGCUCUUGCCUGAAAAGUGGCAGACUGAUGGAAUAUAAUCAGUAAAUUAAUAUAAAAGUAUUGCACGUUUUUGAAACAUCGUUGUCAUCUGAUGGAUACCCCAAACAACUGAAUAUUACACAAACAUAAAUAAUUAAUUCAAGUUCAAGUCGCUGAUUUAAUAUCAGCUACAUUUUUUAGUUGAAUAUAUUAAUUUAAAUAAAUACAACAUUUUUAUUGCAUUGUUUAACAUUUAAUUAAAGUAUGAUUAUUUUGUGGAGAUUGUUCAAACAUUGAUGUUUAAUUCAGUAAUAAAACAAAAUAAAU